AUGGCCGCCAACACCGAACAACUUGACAGGCGGGCGAAGGCCAUCGAACAGGAGCUCAACAAGCGCGCCGAAGACGGAUCCUCGUGCGCCGAGCUGGCUGUCGUACUGCAAGAGUACCGUACCGCCUGUGAGACUCUCACCUUCGCCAAUUUCGAGUACGCCUCGGCCCACGAAAUCGAACAAAAGCUCUGGGCGGCGCAUCUGAAGGUCAACGCCAUUUUCAGGCAGGAACACAAGAUCCUCAAACGCUCCAAGGACCACGUUGUGGAGAUUAGGAAGUUCCAGAAGCUCUAUCUCCACUUCAUAAAGGCCAGCCAGCGCUUCUACCGCCAGUAUAUACUAAACCUCGACGCCCAGUUUGACGGGCUGCCAGAGCUGCGCAAGAUUGCACAGAAGUGGAAGGAUGAUUCUUCCAAGACUUCCCCGCGCCCGCGCAUCCCCGCCACACUGAAAGACCAGGUCCUUCUCUCCUGCCACCAGACCCUAAUUCAACUUGGUGACCUCUCGCGUUACCGCGAAACGGAGCUUGUCGAGAAAGACAAGGAGCGCAAUUGGGGGCCCGCUAAAGGAUACUAUGGUCUGGCAGCCGAGAUACACCCGGACUCAGGCCAUGCGCAUAACCAACUUGCCGUCAUCUCCCGCGAGGAUGGCGACCACUUCCGCUCCGUCUAUCACCUCUAUCGCUCGCUUGCAAGCAAGUCGCCACACCCACAAGCCAAGGCAAACCUCGAGGUCGAAUUCAAGCGAGUCAUUGCUGCAUGGGACAAGGGACAAUUAAUUAACAAUCACAAAUCCUCUGACACCAAUACUGCUGGCCGCGCCCUUAUCGCUUGGUUUAUUCGCUUGCAUAGUAGAAUCUACAAGGGCGAGGAAUUCGCUGCUCACGAAGAACUGGAAGGUGAAGUGCUAAGUCACUUGGCCAUCGAGCUCAAGGAGCGUCCCUUGGAUUCCAUCUUGACAAAGAUCAUACUUAUCAACCUUGCUGCUGAGUAUUUUACGACUGUGCAGAUGCGGGCUACCAAUCCGCCUGCAAACAUCCUGCGAACUUAUUUUUACUACCUCCGACUCAACGUUAAGACAUUCUUUAUUCUGCUCCAAGUACUCCAGCCGGAAUUAGAUCGCCUGUCUGAGGGCGACGACGUCAAGCACCAGAAUAGUGACCGCACCACACAGCUCUCGGACAAGAUCACCGCUGUUGCCCGUCGUAUCCUUCCAGGAUUGCGCUUGUAUAGCACAUGGUUUUCUCGUUACUGGCAAGUGCUCCACGCAAACAUCGCCAACACUCUGACCACCGUUGAUGUUCAGGAGCUAUGGAAGGCCUACGCUGCAACGUUAACCCUCUUAGCUUCGAGCUUUCCCGUCGAAAAGCUUCCCGAUGAGAGUUACAUGCUUGAAGAAGAUACAGAUACCAUUGGCUUCCAGCCACUUAUGUCACCAGACACGCUGAAACUAUGGUAUGUUGGCGACACCAUGAAGCGAAAAUGGACUGAUCUGGAGCGGAACCACCCAAACGUCGAGAUGCUUAUGCGGGUUAAAGACUUACUCAUCGAUGGCCUUCUCUUGACACAAAAUGCAGAUGUCCCUUUAGACCUGGCUGGCUCGCGCUUCAUCUAUCGUGAAGAAGGCCUGCCGUCAGAGCUUCUGGCGAGCCCAAGUAACAGGGCCGAUGGUUCUCCUGUCCUUCCUGUACAGGCAGUAGACUUACCCCUGAUCCCCCCGGAAAUCUCGAUUCCCGAAGAUCAGAAGUCGCAUAGCGUUGCGGCAGCCUCUGAUUCGGCUUCGACUGCGCUGGCUAAGGACAAUGCGAUGCAUCGUAUGGUGGACGACCUGGUUGGAGCUGAUGAUGGUCUGGAUCCAUUGGUGGAAGAAGAUGAGGACAUCCCUCCGACUCCGCCGGAGCAGACUUUCGAAGAUACUACCGUUGUCAACGACACCACCUUUGCACCGGCUCCGUUCUCUAUCAGCGAGUUGGUGAACUCUGUGAAGAACUAUAAGCCCCUGUCUCCUGCUCCAGGUGCAGCGAUGCUGUCUACACCUAUGGGUAGAACUGGGUCUACCUCUUCAGUACGCCACGCGGCCAACCUACCCUCUCUUCCAGAUGGCCAAUGGAACUCGCCUUCAAUCUGGAAUCGGCAGUACAAUGACGCGCCAGGACCUUCGUCUCCCUCCAUGAUGACAGGUAACGGACUUGGGAACGACCUCCGCAGGUCGCCCAUGAAUGGCAUGAGUCCCGGAAUGUCUGGCCAUGUCCGUGGUGAUUCUGCGAACUCACUCCUGGGGGCAGAGGCCAUGACUCCUAGCACCGCCAGGGCACCACGACCUAUCAGUGGUGGUUUGGGUAGUGGCGCGGCUUGGGGAAACUCAGGCGGCAGCCCUUCAAACUGGGGAUCGGUGUACGGCAGCAACUUCAAUGGCAACCAACACGGAUACACGAACGGAGCUAACAUGGCGAGCCCGUUGCUCUUUAGCUCAUACCAGGACAAUGCGCAUAGCUCCUGGGGACGAACUCCACCGAACGGCCAAGGCGGUUGA